UGUAUUUAAAGUGCCUCCAUGUCUUGUCAUGGCCUGAUAGCUCAUUUCAUUUAUCACUGAAUCAUAUUCUCUUGUGCAGAUAUACCACAGUUUGUUUAGCUAUUCACUUACUGAGGGACAUUUUGGUUACUUUCAGUUUUUGAUAAGUAUGGGUAAAACUGUUGUAAAUACUUGGAUGCAAGUUUUUGAGUGAACGUGUUUUCACUUUGCUUUGGUAAGUAUCUAAAACUGCUAUUUUCAGGAUUAUAUGGCAAGGCUGUGUUUAGCUUUUUAUUUUAUUUGUUUAAAAAAGAACUUGCGAAACUGUUUUCCAAAGUGACUAGCGUUUUGCAUUUCCACUAGCAGUGACUGAGAGUGCCCGUUGCUCUGCGUCUUUGACAGCCUGGGGUAUUGUCCCUUGUUUGGAUUUGAGCCUUCCUGUUAGGUGUAUAUUAUAGUGUAGUGGCAUCUCAUUGGUUUAAUAUGCAAUUUCCUAGAGACACAUGGUUUUGAGCAUCUUUUUCAUAUGCUUAUUUGCCAUCCAUAUAUCUUUUCUGGUGAAGUAUCCAGAUCUUCUGUCCAUUUCUAAAUUGGGUUUUUUCCUUUUUUAUUAUUGAGUUUUAAGAGUCCUUUAUAUAUUUUAGACAAUAGUCUUUCAUCAGAUCUGUAUUUUGCCAUUUUUUUUCCCAGUCUAUCACUUGCUUAUUCAUUUUCUUAACAAUGUCUUUCACAGAGCAGAAGUUUUAAAUUUUUAUGAAGUUCAACUUAUUAAUUUUUUCUUUCCUGGAUUGUGCUUUUGGCAUUGUAUAUGAGAAGCCAUCACCAAUCCCAAAGUCCCGCAGAUUUUCCCCUAUGUGAUCAUCUACACGCUGGAAUCCCAGAGCUGUGGGAACAGGUAGAAGAAAGAAAGUCAGCAGGUUUAGGGGAUGAGAAUAAUCCACAAAGGACAAGCCAUCGGUAAAUGAAAACCAAAGAAGGGAGCCUUCGGAGGAGUCUGAAUCACUGAUGGAAUUGGACAGUGCAUGGAGAUGGUUGAGCAGGACGAGGUCCCUGGCUCAACCUGUGGUGCCCCAAAUAUCAGCAUGGCAGCAUCUGGCAGGACGUGUUCCACGAAAACCACAGAGGUGAACUUUCCACAUACUAUCGACAAUUCCUACUCCCGGCAGGAAGAGACCAAACCGAAUUUCGGAGCCAGCAAAAAUAGACUUCUUCUGAGCCAGGUGGCCUACUUCCUGAACUACCAGCUGAAGACAUACAAAGAUCGAAAAGAUCAUGAGGAGGACCGGCAAUACGGAUACAGCCAAAAUAAACUUCUUAUGAGUCAAGCGGCCCACGACCUGGGCUGCCGGCUGAAGACAGAAGAAAAUAACCAAGAUGAGGAUGAAGAUGCUCAUGUCGCAGAGUCUGAGCAAUUACAGGAGUCACGUGUCCCCAGGCUCAUCAGGGAGGUGCUCAAGAGAGUCCUUGAAGACUCACCGGAGGAAUGUGUCAACACUCGUUCAAAUAGCUAUGGCCCUUCUGACUCCAGCCAGCCUGACGGAGACACCAAUGAAAUCCCAUUUGAGGAUGACAACGUCAACUCUGCACUGGUUGUCGAGAGUCCAUCGUCUCAUGAUGUAGUGGAGGAUGCUCUAAUCAUUCUUUCAGAAUGUCAACGUGAUGAUGAGGAAGAGGAAGAAAAAGGGCCAGUGCCCCCCAGGAAUCUGCAGGAGUCUGUGGAGGAGGAAGCACCUCAGGAGUCCUGGGAUGAAGGUUAUUUGGCUCUCUCACUUCCUCCUGGCACAUCUGCCUUCAAUGAGCCUUACUGGAGCAACUUGCACUCAUUAGAGGAGCAGGAAGUCGAUUUGGCUGGUGACAUAGACAGUGAGUACUCCACUGUGAAGGUGAUAAAGCUCCACUUUCUGUCCCAGAUAGACCCCAUAGCCUUUGUGCAUUGCUCCCCUGGCUGGGCUGAGAGUUGUCAUCACUGUGGGCUGAACCUGUACAUCAGUGUAGAUUUCGAUCAUUCUGGAUUCCAGUCUGAAGCACGGACAUGGGGUGGGUCAGUGAGCUUUGCUUUCUCUCUAGUCUCAGGCCGUGCCCGUCGCACCCUGGACCUACUGUCAGGACAUUGA